AUGGUGGAAUCGAUUGAACUUAAUCCGUAUAACGGUGUAGCAUAUAAUGGCGAUUCGUCAGCCACAUCUGAUGAGUCUAAGCAUAGAAAGAGCGUAAAAAAUGAUGAUUUCAAGUAUAGCCAGGAUAUUUGCAGUGAGAAUGGGUCUAUGUAUGGGAAGCUGCAUACUAGCGAGGUUAAGCGUGAGCUAAAAGCCAGGCAUAUUUCUAUGAUAUCACUAGGUGGUACCAUAGGGACUGGUCUUUUCAUUAGUACAAGAGUUCCAUUAUCGCAGGCCGGUCCGGUAGGUUCGCUAAUAGCAUAUAUUUUUAUGGGGACGAUAGCGUAUUUUGUCACGCAGUCCUUGGGAGAAAUGGCGACCUUUAUUCCGGUAACGUCUUCCUUCACCGUGUUCUCGAAGAGAUUCCUAUCUCCAGCACUGGGUGCUACAAGUGGCUACUUAUACUGGUUUUCGUGGUGUGUGACAUUCGCAUUGGAGCUAUCAGUGAUAGGGGAACUAAUACGGUACUGGACAACAGCGGUUCCUUUAGCUGUGUGGAUUACGGUAUUCUGGGUGUUGCUAGCAGGUUUGAACAUGUUUCCUGUGAAAUACUACGGAGAAAUUGAAUUCUGGGUAGCGUCGGUGAAAGUGGUGUCCAUUCUAGGUUUUAUCUUAUAUGCGUUUAUCAUGGUGUGCGGCGGAGGUCCAAACGGCACAUUUGGGUUCCGUUACUGGAAGGACCCGGGACCAUUUGGUACCGGUAUUAUCUCGAGCAACCUUGGAGAGGCUAGGUUCCUCAGUUGGGUAUCUUCGCUUAUUAAAGCUGCCUUUACGUACCAGGGAACCGAGUUGGUUGGUAUCACUGCUGGUGAGUCCAAGAACCCUCGUAAGGCUGUUCCACGUGCAAUUAACCAGGUCUUUUUCAGGAUUUUAUUUUUCUACAUCUUAUCGUUGUUGUUCAUUGGUCUUUUAAUUCCAUACGAUGAUCCACGCUUGUUAGCAUCCGACGAUACAGACAUGAACUCUUCUCCAUUUGUCAUUUCCAUUAAGAACGCAGGAACGAAGAUCUUACCGGACAUUUUCAAUGCCGUUAUUUUGGUGACGAUUAUCUCUGCCGGUAACUCCAAUGUGUACAUAGCGUCCCGUGUGUUAUAUGGUUUGAGCUCCAACAACCUAGCGCCAAAAAUUUUCACCAAAACGAAUAAGUCUGGUGUACCGUAUUUUUCGGUAUUGGUAAGUGCAGCAUUCGGAGUUUUAGCAUAUCUAAAUGUGUCAGAUCAUGCAGUGAAGGCCUUCGAUUGGCUUGUAAAUAUCACUGCAGUCGCAGGGUUCUUUACAUGGCUCUUAAUUUCCCUUUCCCAUAUCCGUUUCAUGCAGGUUCUCAAAGACCGUGGGAUCUCGAGAAACGACUUGCCCUUCAAGGCGAACCUAAUGCCUUGGGGAGCGUACUACUCGUCCUUUUUCAUUGUUGUGAUUAUCCUAACUCAGGGUAUGGAAGCAUUUGCGCCCAAGUUUUCCUUCCCAGACUUCAUCGCGUACUACAUCUCCCUUUUCAUUUUCAUAGUAUGCUUCGUGAUCUUCCAAUUUUUCGUAUUCCGCAAUCGUAUUAUACACACUAAGGACGACGUCGACAUAGACACUGAUAGAAGAGAGAUAGAUGACAUGGUUUGGAUCGAAGAUGAAACACCAAAAACGAUAUGGGGAAAGAUAUGGAAGAUCAUUACAUGA